UGCAUCUGGAGAAUUUGACGGCGAACAUGGUUUUCUGGAUAAUGACUAAGGUAAAAAAAAUCUUAAUCGUUAGGUCUUCUUUGUGGUUUGACUUUUGUAAUUCAAAUUUAUCUCUAAGAGAAGUGUCUUUUAUAUAAAACCUGUACUGGGUAGUUUGCAUUUGUCAAUGCAGUAAACAUUGUUGCGGGAUAAAUUGUAUAUCCAUUAAUCUCAUCCAAUAUUUCCUUUUAUUCAUACUGGACUAUAUGAUUCCAAGUCUGUUUGGUGUUAGUGAUAGAUAUAAGAAUCUUAAUCACAUAUGAGAAACGGAUUCUCAGAGUUCAAAGUUCUAAUUAUUGAGUUGGAUUUUGGUAGAUAAAUAUGAGUUCGCAUCAGUGCUGUACACAGUUGUUAAUCCUGUAAAUGCUGUACACAGUUGUUAAUCCUGUAAAAUUUCGUAUCAGGAAUUUGGAAGAAAGAUUUGCAAUAGAAGUGAAUUGACAUUGGUCUCAGUGCUCUUCUUUUUUAUUUUUUAACACUUGCAAUGUAUACAUUCUUAAGAAAACACUUCCUUGCAUUCAAACUUUGCACAGAAUAGGAAAAGCAUAUCUCAAACUGUACAUUUUUAGCAAUUGAUUUCUUAAUCUUCCGCACUGUAACAAAUGCAUAAUUGUAUUAACAUCCCCUUCUUAAAGUGCACAAGGCACACCACGAGGAAAAAAUGUGCCAUAGUUAAAAAAUAGAAUAUCAUCUUUGCAUCCCAUUUACCUUAGGGUUCUAAUUAUUCCUCCCUUAUUCAUUUGAAGAGGAGGUAUGCUUAAUGAAAUAAACCACCUUGAGCAUGGUGAUGUGUGAAUAUCGACCACUUUCAACUUUGGCACACUUUUUCUCCCAUGUUACUUGCCAAGCUGAAGAAGGUGAAUGUUGAUGAAAUAAGUUGCCUUGAGUUAUGUGAUGUGUGGCGUUGACUUCUUCAACACCUGCAACAAGAACAACCGCAUGGGAGUUUUGCUUUGAACUCUAUCUCCCACCACAAUCCUUCUACAAGUUCUUUUUUUUCUUGGCAAACGCCAUCAUUGUCUGCUCAUUCCUUCUCCCAAAAGGAAUUAUAGAAGACAUGGAGACACUUGAGAUGCUAGAGAAAAAAGAGAAAGUUCUUCUGAAGAAGAUGGCCACAGAGGUUGAGAAGGCCAAGGAGUUCACUAAAGCCAAAAACAAGAGAGCUGCUAUACAAUGCUUGAAAAGGAAAAGACUUUAUGAGCAGCAAGUCGAGCAGCUUGGCAAUUUCCAGUUGCGAAUUCAUGAUCAGAUGAUAAUGUUGGAAGGUGCAAAAGCUACUACUGAGACAGUAGAUGCACUGAGAGCUGGAGCAGCUGUCAUGAAAGCUAUGCAGAAAGCUACUAAUAUUGAUGAUGUUGAUGCAACAAUGGAUGAGAUCAAUGAACAAACAGAAAAUAUGAAACAAAUUCAAGAAGCAUUAUCUAUUCCUAUUGGAGCUGAUUUUGAUGAAGACGAAUUGCUAGCAGAACUAGAUGAGUUGGAUGACUAUGAAUUGAUGGAUCAGUUGCUUCAACCAGCUACAACUGCUCCAGCUGCUUCACUGCCAGUUCCUACUGGUAGACUUCCCACUCGACCUGUUCCACAAAAGAAUAGUUCCGAGGAAGAUGAAAUUGCAGCACUACAGGCUGAAAUGGCCAUGUAAAGACUUUUGAGCGGUAAAAUGUACAAGUUUGCAGUUCUUGGAUCUAUCCUUUCCAUCAUAUAUGCCCCCUAACAUUUACUGAUAGGAACACUUGUAAAGCUCAUGUGGAAAUUUGGUGAACCUCAUGAAAAUGGGUAAAUGUCUGUAUCUUCUUUGUAUCAUCUUUUCAUUUGGAAUCACAAUUCAGUUUGCCUCUUGUUUGUA